AUGAUCCAUCUGGUCUUGAUCUUCUCUGGAAAGAUCCUCGUGGAUAUCAUUCCAGGAAUCACUCAAGACGUCAGCUGGACAACAGUUAACAUCUGCUACGAUGUCGUGACCUACAUCAUGUUCCACUAUAUUACUGGGACCCCAUUCGAAUCUUCCGGUGGAGUCUAUGAUCGCUUGACGAUGUGGGAACAGAUCGACAUGGGAGCUCAUUACACCCCGACCAAGAAGUGGCUCACCAUCUUACCGAUUGCUCUAUUCUUGCUCUGUACCCACUACACCCAUCUGGACCUACAUCCAUCGCUCUUCACGCUGAACUUCACCUGCACGUUCUGCAUGGCCCUCCUGCCCAAGUUACCGGUCUUCCAUCGGCUGAGGUUCCGCUUCUUAGACGGCGUCUUUGGCUGGAGCAACUCGAUCAACGACGAGCGCAGCGGGCCACCCACGCCGAUCGAGGAACAGAUGCGUCGGAUGCCCGAGCCCGACUUCGGCUAUUCCUCUGGCCUCAGUCCUCGUGCCGCCGCGGCCAGCCUCAUCGACCAUCCUACCCUCUCUGAACGUACACCCACUCAACUCUCUUAA